AUGGCCGGACUAGCAAGACAUGUUGAUACGGAAGAGCUCUUGACGACGCUCAAAGACCAUCCUAUGCACAAGGCUGGCGGACGUCAUGCCGAAAACAGAGCAACUUCGCACAUCACCCCUUACUCUAGUCGAUAUGCUGCUGGUACCGAACUGUCCAAGUUCAAAAUUCCACAAGACGGUGCCCCGGCAGACGUUGUUCACCAGUUGCUCAAAGAUGAGCUUGACCUAGAUGGACGACCUAGCCUCAACCUUGCUUCAUUCGUCGGCACCUACAUGGAGAGGGAGGGCGAGCAACUCAUGAUUGAAAACAUAUCAAAGAAUCUGUCGGAUGCCGAUGAGUACCCGGCUAUGAUGGACAUGCAUGCCCGUUGCGUGUCCAUCAUUGCCCACAUGUGGGGUGUGCAAAAGGGCGAAAAGGCUAUCGGGUCUGCCACCACUGGCUCCAGUGAGGCCAUUCACCUUGGUGGACUCGCUAUGAAGCGCCGCUGGCAGGAAAAGAGAAUGGCAGAGGGCAAGGACACUUCCAAACCAAACAUCAUCAUGGGUGCCAAUGCUCAGGUAGCAUUGGAGAAAUUUGCUAGGUACUUUGAAGUCGAGGCCCGUAUUCUUCCCGUAAGCGAGGAUUCAUCCUACCGCCUAGACCCCAAGCUAGUCAAGGAGAAUAUCGACGAGAACACUAUCGGAGUUUUUGUCAUCCUCGGCUCCACCUAUACCGGACAUUAUGAGCCUGUUGAAGAGAUCUCGGAAAUCUUGGACGAAUUCGAGAAGAAGACUGGAGUCGACAUUCCGAUUCACGUUGACGCGGCAUCGGGUGGCUUCAUCGCUCCCUUUACACAUGCAAAGGCGGGCAGGAAAUGGAAUUUCGAGUUGCCGCGAGUGAAGUCCAUCAACACCAGUGGACAUAAAUUUGGACUUGUGUAUGCCGGUGUUGGAUGGAUCAUAUGGCGAGAUGAGAGCUACCUACCAAAGCAUUUGAUCUUUGAACUCCACUAUCUGGGCGGAACUGAGGAGUCGUACACGUUAAACUUCUCGCGACCGGGCGCCCAGAUUAUUGCGCAAUACUAUAACCUGAUUCAUUUAGGUUUCUCGGGAUACCGCAGCAUUAUGGAGAACACCCUGGCCAAUGCCCGUCUACUGAGUAGGGCGCUGGAACACACGGGCUGGUAUCGCUGUGUCAGUGACAUCCACCGCAAAAAGGGCGACUUCAAGUACGAAAAGGGCAAGGAGCAAUUCGAAGAAGGCGCUACGAGCGAGGCUUACAAUCCUGGUCUACCCGUCGUAGCCUUUACCCUCACCGAUGACUUCCACAAAGAAUUCCCGCACGUCAAACAAGAAGCCGUUAGCAAUCUGCUCCGUGCUAAGCAAUACAUCAUUCCCAACUACCCGCUUCCCCCCAAGGAGGAGAAGACUGAGAUUCUGAGAGUAGUAGUCCGAGAGUCUCUCUCGGUCGACAUGAUCGACAGGCUUGUGACUGACAUCUGCGGCGUGACGGAAAUGCUUAUGAAGACGGAUGCCGUUGACCUUGCGGCGUUCCAACCAGGCGCCAAUCCCAGCGUCGAGAAACAGCACGCGAGCAAGGGCUUGAGGAAGGAGCACAAGCACAAGGCUCAGCGACCGACAAAAGACGGCGUCUACCGAACGGUGUGUUAG